CUUCCGAACAUUAGCCUGGAGAGCAGGCUAACGCUCACUUUAUUCAAUAGCUAGCUGGUUAAGUUCACGAAUCACCAUGAAGUAAAGCUACAAGUUAGUACUGCUUGUCCGAGUCAACGUAGCGUUACUUAAAUGUGAAUCUGAUGUGCUUUUCAUUUGGUUUGUGAUUACCAUCGAUGCACUAUCUCCGUUACUAACAAAGCUGCUCGGGGUUUAAGCUAGCUAGUUUGUGGUUCUUCCAUGUGCGUGCGGGGCAGCGAUGACAUGCAAACGGAGCCUGCGGCUGCUGGUACAGCGGCUGGAGAGGUUACUAGUUCAUUAUGUUUCCUUUGUACUCGUGUUUUAUCCCGCUGCAUACCAGCCCGGUGAGGCGUGUGCUACCGUGGCGGAGGAGGGGGGGACCAGCACCGCAACCCUGAUACUGUGCAGGGCGUGUGGGCAUGAGCUGGCUUUCGGGACGGACAUCCACUACGUCCCCAGCCGACUGGCGCUCUCCAGCCGCAACGACACGCUGGUCGGGGGUCGAAGGGUUAACAUCCAGCUUUUCGAAAACCCCCACGGACACCGGUUUGAGGUGAUCACGUUCAGAAAGGCUGACGUUACCCAGCACUGGCCGGCAGAUAAACACUUUUCCUGGUUCCCGGGGUUCUCAUGGACGGUGGCCAGCUGUCCCCGCUGUAACACUCAUUUAGGUUGGGCCUUCCAGCCCAGUGACUGGCCAGAUACAAAGACCAACUUUAAGGAAUCGGAGCACACCUUCCUGGCUUUAAUCACCCAUCGUCUAUUAAGAGAAGACUUUGCUUCCAGCCUGCUAAUGACUCCAAAAUCCUUCAUGAGCUGAUGGACUUUUGUACAACACAGGUGCCUUUGCUGCUACCUAAAAUCUAUUUUUAAAAUAAAUUUCUAUGCACCCACUUGAGAAGUCCCACACGUGUAAACACAGUAAGUUUUUAUUAUUGUAACAAAGCAAGUUGUACACCUCAAAUUUAAAACAGUUUCUUUUCCCCCCAGCGGAAAAGUAAAGUGUGAUUAAAUGUAAAUUCUAUGAGAUAACAGGUUUGUUUUACCCAUGAAGCAGUGGGGGCCAAAAUUUACAAGCUUGUUUUUUUUUUUCCAUUUUGUUCUUUAUUAAAAAUGUCAUUUCAAAUCUCA